CUCGCCGCCGCCAUUUUGAAUGUCUGGUCCUUUCCUUCCUCCGCCGCCGCGUAGAGACCGAGAUUCCGCCUGAUUUCUGGUGUCGUUACGGCUGAGGAUGCCAGCUCCGAUCAGACUGAGGGAGCUGAUCCGGACCAUCCGGACGGCUCGGACCCAGGCCGAGGAGCGAGAGAUGAUCCAGAAAGAAUGUGCAGCGAUUAGAUCAUCCUUCAGAGAAGAAGACAACACUUACCGCUGUAGAAACGUGGCGAAGCUGCUGUAUAUGCACAUGUUGGGGUAUCCGGCACAUUUCGGGCAGCUGGAAUGUCUGAAGCUGAUUGCGUCACAGAAGUUCACUGACAAGAGAAUAGGAUACCUGGGGGCCAUGCUGCUGCUGGAUGAGAGGCAGGACGUCCAUUUACUAAUGACCAACUGCAUUAAGAACGAUCUAAAUCAUAGUACACAGUACGUCCAGGGACUGGCCUUAUGCACUCUCGGCUGUAUGGGUUCAUCAGAAAUGUGUCGUGACCUGGCGGGGGAAGUGGAGAAGCUCCUCAAAACGUCAAAUUCCUACUUGAGGAAAAAGGCAGCACUAUGCGCGGUUCACGUCAUACGGAAGGUUCCAGAGCUUAUGGAGAUGUUUCUACCGGCAACGAAGAACCUGCUGAGCGAGAAGAAUCACGGUGUUCUCCACACGUCUGUCGUUUUACUCACCGAGAUGUGCGAACGAAGUCCCGAUAUGCUCACUCACUUCAGAAAGCUGGUUCCCCAACUAGUGCGAAUCCUGAAGAACCUCAUCAUGUCCGGAUACUCUCCUGAGCACGACGUGUCUGGGAUCAGCGAUCCUUUCCUGCAGGUGCGAAUACUGAGGCUACUGAGAAUUCUAGGAAAGGGCGACGAUGACUCUAGCGAGGCUAUGAAUGACAUUCUUGCGCAGGUUGCGACAAACACAGAGACGAGUAAAAAUGUAGGAAAUGCUAUUUUGUAUGAAACUGUCCUGACUAUUAUGGACAUCAAAUCAGAGAGUGGAUUACGGGUAUUGGCUAUUAAUAUCCUGGGUCGUUUUCUUCUCAACAAUGACAAAAACAUCAGAUAUGUGGCACUGACCUCUUUACUGAAAACAGUCCAGACAGACCACAACGCAGUUCAAAGGCAUCGGAGUACCAUCGUGGACUGUCUGAAAGACCUGGAUGUCUCCAUCAAAAGACGUGCCAUGGAGCUGAGUUUCGCCCUGGUGAACGGGAAUAACAUCCGCGGGAUGAUGAAGGAGCUGCUGUACUUCCUGGACUCAUGUGACCCGGAGUUCAAAGCCGACUGCGCGUCAGGGGUCUUUCUCGCCGCCGAGAAGUAUGCACCCUCUAAAAGAUGGCACAUAGACACCAUAAUGAGGGUGUUAACAACGGCAGGGAGUUACGUCCGAGACGACUCCGUCCCGAACCUCAUCCAACUCAUCACCAACAGCGUGGAGAUGCACGCGUACACCGUGCAGAGACUCUACAAAGCCCUGCUGGACGACAUCUCGCAGCAACCUCUGGUGCAGGUGGCGUCCUGGUGCAUAGGAGAGUACGGAGACCUGCUGGUGUCGGGCCAGUGCGAGGAGGAGGAGCCCAUCCAGGUGACAGAAGAUGAAGUCUUGGAUGUUUUGGAAGGUCUUCUUGUCUCCAACUUGUCCGCUCCCGUGACACGGGGUUAUUCGCUGACUGCCAUCAUGAAGCUGUCCACUCGUUUCAGCGGUGUGAAUCGAAUAAAGAAAGUGGUGUCCAUAUACGGCAGCAGCAUAGACGUGGAGUUACAGCAGAGAGCUGUGGAGUACAAUGCACUUUUUAAGAAAUAUGAUCACAUGAGGCCGGCGUUAUUAGAGAGAAUGCCUAUUAUGGAGAAGACGGCCACUAAUGGCCCGACGGAGAUCGUACAGACCAAUGGGGAGACGGAACCUUCUGCACUGGACACGAAACACCCUCCCAGCAUCGCUCAGACAAAUCAGGCGAAUGAUUUGUUAGACCUGCUCGGUGGUAACGACGUCCCCGUGAUCCAGACGGCUCCGCCCACUAAACCUGCCUCUGCCGGCGGAGAGCUGCUCGACCUGCUUGGGGAUCUGUCCCUCUCUGGUGGUCCCGCCCCCACCCCUGCUCCUUCCGUACCUGUAUCACAGCCACCGUUUCUUCUGGACGGUCUUUCCUCGCAGCCGCUCUUCAACGACACCGCAGCAGCUAUCCCUCCAAUGAUCGCGUACAACAAGAACGGCCUGAAAAUCGAGUUCACCUUCGAGAGGUCCAACCCGAACCCUAACGUUUCAGUCAUCACCAUCCACGCCACCAACUCCGCCGAGGCAGACAUGGCCGACUUCGUGUUCCAGGCCGCAGUACCAAAGACGUUCCAGCUGCAGCUACUCUCCCCCAGCAGUAACAUCAUCCCAGCACUCAACCAGGGAAGCGUCACACAAGUCAUCAGAGUUCUUAAUCCACAGAAGCAACAACUGCGCAUGCGCAUCAAGCUGACGUACAGCUACAAAGGCUCUGCUGUUCAAGACAUGGCCGAGGUCAACAACUUCCCCCCGCAGUCCUGGCAGUGAUCGUGCUGUUCACUCAAUCUGAAAAACACAUUCACUCACACACACGCAUUCGCACGCACACACACAUUCACACACCUCAAGCAAGGGAACUGUGAGCUAUGGAGCGUCGUUUCUCAUCAGUGACUGUAACUGUACAUCGCUUCCCCGGGGUUGCAUGGGAAAUGGAGGAACCUAUCCAACACACACACACGCACACACACGAAAUGGUAAUUAUGAUGACAAUGAUAAACCCUUUCCCUUUUAUUUGUUUUGUCUGUCUUUACUGUCUUUCUGCUUGAGAAACAGCACAUCACUUAUAUGACCAGCUUGCACACAGGUACUCGGAUUAGUGCGCGCGCGCACACACGUACACACUUUCUCUCUCGAUCUAAAGCAGGCCCUUAUCUUUAUAUCUGUACAUGGAAUAUACCACUCGGAGGCGCUCUAGAGUCGAUUUGUCUUGACUUUCACAGUUUUUUAACUUUAACAGACUUUUUUUUUUUUUUUUUAAAUCAAGAAAAUAUAUAUAUUUUUGAUUUGCAUUGGCAUUUCAGAUCUCCUACAACAGAGGCAUUUCAUAGCGAGUGAUAAAGCUGGCGAGACGAGCGUUUGCGUCGUUUGCAGCUUUACGUUUAAUUAAUGCGCGACCCGAUCUAUAACCUGUGGCGAAAUUCCCAGUGCACACUUCACCAGAGAGGCUUCAAUAUUCACUACGAUACUCACCUUUUGCUCGGACUGUACCAUAAUUUAAUACCUAAAGCGGUAGGUUCAGAGGGUGAUCUUAUUCGCUUCGCGUUUACACCGACGGGUGACCGGGUGAUCGGGUAUUUUGUGCGUGCAUGACAUGGAGACACGUUUUUUUUUUUUUUUUUUUUUUUUUUUCAGUCAGCUUCAAGUGUUUUUCGGGCCAGUCCCAACAUGCAUGUGGUCCGCUGUUUAAAAAAAAAAAAAAAGUUUAUAAGCGCUGUUUUGUCUUAUUCUGCAACACAGAACCUCUUGUGAAACUUGUAUAGAUUUUUUUAACGCUUGGAAGGAAGUAACCGAGAUUGAUCGAGCGCACGCAGUGUACCUAGCUAGCUUUGCUAAUUGAAUCUGACAGCGUAGCUAGUAUGAAGCUCAGAAUGAUAAUGGAAGAAAAACAAACCUUUUUUUAUCAUCUUUUCUUUAACUAGUUAGCAUUAGACAAAUUCUUACCUGCAAUUAUGGAAUUAUGUUUGGAAAAACACAA